GGGGUCCAGGGCAGAGGAAGCGGGACGGAAGUGAGUGGGUCGCGCCCCUUCCCCCGUCUCGCCUCCGUGCCGCCACUGCCGCCGCCCGUUCUCCGGCCUGCCGGAGUCUCCGUGUUGUACCUCGGUCCCCGGCCGCGCGGAGCCGGGAUGCACUGCUCCUGCUGCGGGUCCUCAUCAUGGAGACCAAACGGGUGGAGAUUCCCGGCAGCGUCCUGGACGAUCUCUGCAGCCGAUUUAUUUUGCAUAUUCCCAGCGAGGAAAGAGACAAUGCAAUCCGAGUAUGUUUUCAGAUUGAACUUGCCCAUUGGUUUUACUUGGAUUUCUACAUGCAGAACACACCAGGAUUACCUCAGUGUGGGAUAAGAGACUUUGCUAAAGCCGUCUUCAGUCAUUGUCCGUUUUUGCUGCCACAAGGUGAAGAUGUGGAAAAAAUUUUGGAUGAAUGGAAGGAAUAUAAAAUGGGAGUACCAACAUAUGGUGCGAUUAUUCUUGAUGAGACACUUGAAAAUGUACUACUGGUUCAGGGUUACCUAGCAAAGUCAGGCUGGGGAUUUCCAAAAGGAAAAGUAAAUAAAGAAGAAGCUCCUCAUGAUUGUGCUGCUAGAGAGGUCUUUGAAGAAACUGGUUUUGAUAUCAAAGACUAUAUUUGUAAAGAUGAUUACAUUGAACUUCGAAUCAAUGACCAGCUUGCUCGUUUGUACAUCAUUCCAGGAAUUCCAAAAGACACAAAAUUUAACCCAAAAACCAGAAGAGAAAUUCGGAACAUUGAAUGGUUUUCCAUUGAGAAAUUGCCUUGUCAUAGAAAUGAUAUGACCCCAAAAUCCAAACUUGGUUUGGCACCAAACAAAUUUUUUAUGGCUAUUCCCUUUAUUAGACCACUAAGGGACUGGCUUUCUAGAAGAUUUGGAGAUUCCUCAGACAGUGACAAUGGAUUUUCCUCAGUUGGCAGCACACCAGCUAAACCCACUGUGGAAAAAUUGAGUCGAACCAAAUUCCGCCACAGUCAGCAGCUAUUUCCUGAAGGUUCUCCUGGUGACCAGUGGGUAAAGCCCAGGCAUCCACUGCAGCAAAAGCCAUACAGUAACCAUUCUGAAAUGUCUGAUAUUUUAAAAGCAAAGAAUCAAAAUAUGAGGGGAAAUGGCAGAAAACAGUAUCAAGACUCACCUAAUCAAAAGAAAAGAACAAAUGGAAUCCAUAGUCAACCAGCAAAGCAACAAAAUUCCUCUAUGAAAUGUGAAAAGAAAUUACAUCCACGAAAACUUCAGGAUAACUUUGAAUCAGAUGCUGUGUAUGACUUGCCUUGUUCCGGUGAAGACGGAUCACUAGAACUUGCCGAGGGACACUCUGGGCCAUGUAAUGGACACUGCAGGUUCCCUUUUUCAUCCAGAGCCUUUUUGAGUUUCAAGUUUGACCAUAAUGCUAUAAUGAAGAUCUUGGACCUUUAAUAGCAACAGAUGUAUUGCAGAAGUCACAAGAUCAGAAUCCUGUUGCAUUUGAGUGGGUGUCUCCUCAAGCCUUACCUUUCUCAGGUGUUUCAAAGAAAUGCAGGGAGGCAUUGUUUCUGAAGAGAUUUUCUGUGCAGAAGAGAAAGUAGAAAGAAACACAAGUUUGCACUGUAAAUGCAGUUAAACCUUUUAUACAGAUUUACCUUUUCAGUGUUUGGAACCAAGGUUUAAGUUGCUUCUUUUCUUUAGAGGGCAUUUAUUCUGUGUGACUGUGCGUAUUAUUUUGUAUUCUGGUCAAGAAAAUAGUGUUUUGAGUCAUCAGCUAGUAGCCGAAUGAGUGGAAUUGCAUCAUCUCCCCAUUUAGUGAUUGCAAUUAUAGUUUAUCUACAUUGGAAUUUUAAAAAGAAACUUUAGACACCAAGUUAGCGAGCAUCAAAGCUGACAAGACUGUCAAGAUUUCAGGUCAUCUGUUGUGGUGCCAUUUUGCUCAUUUUUCUUCUUCUAAUCACUGAGACUACAGCACCUGCUCUGCUUGGAGUUGUAUUGAGAGGAUUCAUUUAGAGCCAGCAUCUGCAAUGUAAUAUUCAUGUGUAAAAUGAACUCUUAGCACUUCAGAAGGACAAAGUUUGCAGCCUGGAGAGGAAUCAAGUUGGUGGGGAGUUGGAGCUCUAAUUUUGAGUUGUGCCUCAUGGCAGAGAGUUGAGUGCUGGAGCAGGGAGCAUAGAGGUCUAGACUUUGGGUCAUGUGUUUACCAUCCUGCCUCCAACCCUUUAGUAUUAUACAAUAAUUUUGGUCAUGUGAAAUUUUCGUACAUAUUCCAGUUGUGUAAAUAUGUAUGGAAAACUGACAUUGCCUCUCAGUGUUGAUCUGUGGAAACUGGUGUUAAAUUAGGUUCCAGUUUGCAGUAGUAGCAAUGUGACAUGCUUUUAUUGGCAUCCUGAAAUCCCUGGAUUAUGGUGUCAGAAAGGUAGUGCUGUGCAGUUUAACCAAGUGCAAAUAAAGCAUUUCACUAGGAGAGGAUCAGGCUCUAAGCGUAACAUACUUAACUCAUGCCUAGGAAUGUAUUUUGUUCCUUCAGGAUUCUUAAGUUCAAAUAAGGAAGGCAGUGCCCAUUUUAAGAAGUAUUUCACCUAUAAUUGAGGACAAUCACUGGAGCUUUAAGGAGGCAAUACUGUUUUGGCUGCAUCUGACCUCAUUGGAGCUAUUUCUUAGAGGUGGGGAUAGAGGAAUGUUUGAGUAUAUGUGUACAUCUGCUUAUGUCAUGUGGAUUUUCAAAGUCUUUUUUUUUUUUUUUAAACAAGUGAUAAUCCACAAAGUAUAUCUCUGCUUAUAAAUGUUACUAUAGAAAUCUUUAUUCUGUAUAGGUAGCCUAUUUAAUAGGGGAUCUACUUAACUCCAUGGGACUUUUAAAAAAAGAGCUAUUUUAAGGAAUUUACUUGGUAUUACUGCUUUGCUUUAGCUUUUAAAUACCUUGAUUUUAAAGGAGAAAUUCUAUUUAUUAAUGAAAGUGUCAUUUGGUGCUAAGCAGAAGAAUCCACAGUUACAGCUGGGUGUUUAGAAUUAGUUUA